AUGUUUAAAUUCAAAAGUGAAAUUUAUGAUUUACAUUAAUAUUAAAUACUAAUGGGGGUUUGUAGUUCAACAAAAAAAUCUUCAUCUAAGAAUUCUUAGGAUAAAUUUAAUCCAGCCUUGGCCAACACAGCAGAUGUUUAAUAAACCUAAAGAGACCAUGCUUCCACUUAAAAUGAAUAAAAAAUUAAUUAGAACUUAACCGUCCAGAGGAAGAUUAGAAAGUCAGGAACGCUGAGCUACUUCGAAUACAAUCAGGAUAAGCUCUAAGCUGAGAAACGCCCUUAAAAUAAUAAAAAAGUUGGAUCCAGUGCUCCUCAAUUGAAAAUCAAGAUCACUGACUCAAUAGCAUCAAAAGAGUACUCGGUGUAUAAAGGGCAUGUGAAAAUACCCACCAAGGCAACGCUUAGGGUUAUGUAGCACAAUAGCGAUGGGCAACUAGUCGUUAUGGAAUAACUGCCUUACGAUUAGGAAGGAAAGGACUAUAUUGACUGGCUCCAAAAAACAAACUUGGAGUUUUAUCACAUUGCUAAGGUUUAAGAAAUCUUUGUUUAUGGACACUAGUUUUAGAUAAUGCAUGAAUAUUGCACAGGUGGUCCAUUAUCAGAGUUAUUACAUCACAAACUGUCUGAAUAGGUGGUGUGUACCAUUUUGGAUUAACUUUUUAAAAUAGUCAACUUUCUUCAUUAAAAUAAGUUAACACACAAUAAACUGACAAUCGAUAGUUUUUCAUUUUAUUACGAUUUGUAAAAUUAUUUAAUUAAGUUGACGGAUUUAAGUAGUUUGCAUAAGCCUCCUAGAGAGAUUUCACUUUAGAUUGCUUAAUAUGCCUCUCCUGAAGCUCUGACAUCCAAUAACCCUCAUAGGUCAAAUGACAUUUGGUCUUUAGGAAUUAUUGCUUAUCAAUUAAUGACUAGAAAUUUAAUUUAUGAAGAAGAUCAAGAUUUAACCAAUAUCCAUGAGGUUAAAAAAGCAAUUAUCAAAUGGACAAAAAAAUAUGAGAUAAAUGAUGAAAUAUCUUAAGAGUUUGAAAAUCUAAUUUUGAUGAUGUUAAAUCCUGAUAAAACCUUAAGACUUACUAUAGAAGAAUGCAUAGACCAAGAAUUUAUCCAAAAUUAUCAAUCUUAAAAUUUGAAUUGCCAUUUCAAACACCUUUUUACUAGCAGUUUCUGCGAUAAUCUGCAGAAAUAAUUUAUGAUUUAUCUAAUAAAUAACUAUGAGCGUUCUCACUAACAGGUCGGACGUAGAAUCUUCGAUAUUCUAGAUAAAGAUAAAGAUGGGAAACUGAAUAUUUAAGAACUAGAAGACUUUAAACGAAGACUCAAGUAGGCGCAAGGAUAAGAGAGGAAUAUUUAAGUUAUAUAGAAUUUAAUAGAUACUUAAAGUGAAUUAGGAUUAGAAGAUUUCAUCCUGAUUAUAUCGAAUAAAUCUAUAUACUUAACACACCACAAUCUUGAUCAUAGUUUCGCUAAAUUUGGUAACAAAAAUUAAGAAGUCACUGUCAAAACUUUAUCCAAAAUUCUCAAUAUAUAAGAGGAAGAAUUGACUCAAGAAUUCAAGAACCGCUAAUUUUGUUAUUAGAAUUAUUGCAUUCCUUUAGAAAAAGCAUAAUAUGAAUAGAUAUUAAAUUCAAUUUUAGAAGUUUAAUCGGAAUGA